CGGAAGUAGUUGAAGCUGACUUCACGCUGCUCGCCCGCUUUAGCCGACUGGAAGCAGUGCAUUGCGUUCACUUGAAAAUGGCUUCGUCCUUUUGGAAAGGCGUCGUUGGUUUAGGACUGUUCGCCCUGGCUCAUGCAGCUUUCUCGGCGGCGCAGCAUCGAUCAUACAUGCGACUGACAGAAAAAGAGAACGAAACUCUUCCAAUAGAUAUAGUAUUACAGACAUUGUUAGCAUUUGUGGUUACAUGUUGUGGAAUAGUCCACAUCUCGGGUGAGUUUAAAGACAUGGACGCGUCUUCAGAGCUUAAACACAAAACAUUUGACACGUUGAGAAACCACCCAUCUUUCUACCUGUUUAAUCACCGAGGCAGGGUGCUUUUCAGCUCAGAGCCAGAAGCUCCCGCUGCAACUCCUCAGGCUUUGCCGUCCAAUCCAAUGAGGUUACGCAAGCUGGAGAACUUUCACUGAGACUAGCCUUGAAAGGGGUUUCCCUUGCCUGCUUUGCCGUCUUUUUCUUCCUCUGCAUCAGUAAGCUCCUCGGUUGGAAUGGGCAUACAAACCAGUUUUCCUUUCACUCCACUCAAUAUGCUGUACAAAUCUGCAUCUCAGCGUGGUUACUAUUUUGAAGUCUAUGGACUGUGCCAAUUCCUUGUUUUUUUUUUUUUUCGAAACUCAUACAUUUGUCUUAAAACGUCUGAAAGAUACACUGUACUCAAUCAGGUGGCACACAGAGAAGGGAGAAGCCAUCCUCUUCCUAACCCUCCUCCUCCUCUUCCUGGUUCAUGAGGAGCCCUAAUCCCAUCUCUUGUCCCGUUCAGUUUGCCACAUGACCUACUGUGCUGCCAUGUUUAACUGAGGUUUUUUCUUCCCCUCAUCCUUUUCAGAGGAUGUAACUAUUAUGGACCAUUAAUUUUACUUGUGUUAAGAUUAUACUAUUUAUGACUGACGGACUACAAAAUAGAUUUUGGCAUGCAAAUAAUGCUAAGGUUAGUGUAAUUACUAAAUUGAUGCCUGGUCUGGGAAAUGAGAAAUAAACUCGUCUAAUAACGCUAACAAUACUGUGAACGCGCUGAGGGAAAUGAAUGAUACACCCCUUUUUUUGUUUGUUGUUUUCUUUUUGUUUUUUGGGUGGAUGAGAGUGAUGUUUUUUCCCCAUUUUGUUUUCUGUUACAGUGCAUCUGAUUAUUUUUAACAAUAAAAUCAGAGAUUUUAUUGAUGA